AUGCCUCUCCCAAGAAGAAGCAAAAAUAACUCCGAUAGGGGGAAUCGAACCCCCGGCUGCCGUGUGAGAGACGGCGAUGUUAGCCACUACACCAUAUCGGAUAUUGGAUGGAAGAUGACACACACUUUGACACUAUCAACCAAAUUUAACGCCGUUGGUCUUUUACAUUCCUGUGAGGCAUUCUUGCCAUUGGCCCGGAUCACCGAGACUGCACGUAUAUUGUCGCUGCUGAUCCCAAGAUCCAACCUCAAGUGCCAGCGUUGGAUCCAAAAAUGCCACCGAAAGGCAACCAUCGACUUGGAAGCGGGCCAGCUUCGUCCUACGUCGCGUGAUACUGCUAGUUUCUCCUUCUGGUCCCGCCAGUUGUUGGAAUUGCGUGAAGAAUAUGAGCGGACAGAGCCGACAACACUGCGGCAGUGGGUAGUCGACAAGCGUAAGCCUAACCAGAGCGUAACCUUGUCCACGGAUAAUAUUGAUUGA